CCGUUAUCGAAUACGACGAAUACGGUCUUCCAGACAAACCUAAAGCUAUGACAAUUUCGUCAGAAGUAGAAGUGUAAUCAAGUAUAUUAAUCUAAUAAUAACAUUAUAUGUUCGCUGGGUCUCAGCUUAACGUACUCUCUACCAUGAACCUGUUACUCGAUAUUUCACGCUAAGUGGAAACAGUCAUCGUAAGCAUUGUGAGAAAGCUCAAUGCCGAAAGUGCGUGCCUAGGAUAGUGCAGUGACCCGUUUUUACUUCUUCAGAAAGGUGGAGAACGUAAGCAUAUAAUGUCCGCAAUGAUUUCCAUUGCUUCUGCAGAGGCAAGCCAAAGAAUUACCUCCGACAAGCCCAAGCCAAAGCUGAAGCCUUGCUGUGCCUGUCCAGAAACCAAAAGAGCCCGAGACAGUUGCAUAAUAGAGAAUGGCGAGGAAAAUUGCAGAGAACUAAUUGAAGCCCACAAAGCCUGCAUGAGAAAGAUGGGAUUCAAUAUUUGAAGAAAGGAUGGAAGCACAGUCGUUAUUAUUUCUCAGAUGUUUUGAAUUAUGUGAAUCGGCGCUAAUGGUGGCCUUUCUGCAGAAAUAUUUGUAGUAAUCAUUAAUUGUCAUCGGCGAGAGAACCGUGAGGUAGUCCAUUUUGUGUUCCCACCUGAAUAAUCCUCUCACAGUCGGAAUUCUUAAGAAGGAUUGUUUCAGGACUGAAUAAGAUUACCUACUCAUGGUAUGAUCUGGACCUUGUCCCUCAAGCUUUGUCUUUCAGUAAUGAAGUUUCUUGGGAUAAACUGAAGGAGAGGAAGUCACCAAAUUUGGACUUUUGGCAGAUUUGCCAAAAAGUAAGAAGUUAUCUCCACAAAGCUUUUUUGCAGAGUUAAUUGCUGCUACAAGUAGUUCAAACAGACUUAUUUUACCAUCUCUUCAACUUUAUCCCAAUCCAUCUUCAUUUUCGAAAUUCGUGGAAGAACUGAAAUAAAGCGACCGAUAGAAAGAAAAGAGCUGAAAGGCUCUGAAGUCUUGCUCUUAGUUCCAUUGCUAACAGAAGUCUUUUUUGAGAAUGUCAAAAUUAAUGAUCCACCUAUUCAUUGGAGUGGGAGGGAAUUGAAUAAAAAACCAAUCGAGCCCAUUGUUUAAAAUUUGAAAUCGGAGCUUUGCAGAGUUGAUGUCCAUAAAUUGUGAAAACUCUUUACUUUUGCAUUAUGCACUUAUUAACGAUACUUUUUGAAACGGCGCCAAAAAAAUAUUUUUUUGAGAAACGAAGACGAGUAUGUACAACUAUGUAGCGAUCACUCUCAGAUAUUUUUGUUCUAAAUGUACCGAAUCGAAUAAAAUUCUCGAACUGUGCCAGUACAACAGGUAACCCGUUCUUGAGGCAUAACCUCUUUAUUCUAUGCCAAUUUUGAGAAUUUAGAGCCGAAAUUCCAGUAUGAAGGUCGCAGAAACUUGAAUGUGACAAAAAAUAUUUAAUUUGAGAGAACGAAA